UACAUGAGGUUGUAGAUACGAGGCGGAAAAUCAACCACCUCGAAGUUGGGGAUGCUUUCAAUUUAGCCAAUCAGAGCUAUGCCGCACUGUCAUCCGCGAACUACGAACUUCUCAACGCUGCCCAAUGAGUCGGCUCCAUCUCUCCAUCCACAACUUCACUGCCAGAGCUUCUACGACAGAAUCUGACGCUCUAAACCAACACUCUCAAAAUCAGCGAUUACGUGUUUGCGCGAGAUCAGCGGCCAGCUUCAAUAGCGGGCCCCACUUUUGAGUCAGAACGACUACACGUGUGUUCGGUGCUGCAAUAAUCGUUGUUGCUGGUGAUUGUGAAAACGAAAUGUCCUACACAACUGAGGCUCAACGUUGGCGAGCAUUAGCGACUCGUGACCCCAACGCCAAUGGACACUUCUUCUACUCAGUCAAGUCAACGCAAAUCUACUGCAGGCCGACAUGUCCUGCAAGACUAGCGCGACGAGCAAACAUCAGCUUCCAGAAGACGAUCGCAGAAGCAGAAGCGCUGGGGUUUCGGGCGUGCAAGCGAUGUAGACCGAAUGUGGAGAACGAGGAUCCCCAAGAUAAGGCAGUGGCCAAAGCAAUGGGCUUUAUUGAGGAGGCGGCGAGGAAGGGCGAAGCGAAGAAUCUGAAGCUGCAUGAUCUGGCGAAGAAAGUCAGCCUGACUCCACGAUACUUCCACAAAAUCUUCAAGGACAAGACCGGCACAACACCUCGCGAGUACACGAACAUAGUCGCAGCUCAAUACAGUAGCUCGAGCCCAGCUUUUGCGCCCGAAGCAAGCCCGUCACAAGUGGAGAACUUCGACUGGGAGUCAUUCGAUAUCAGCGAAAUUGGCACGUACCAAUUCUAUUCGAACCCAACAUUAGGCGACGACUUCAUGGCUCAAGCAGCUCAGAUCACAGCAGCUGGAUUCGGGGAAGCGUCGAUGGAUGAGGUACCGAUACAAUCGUGGGAAGCAGUAUCACCCGAAUCGCACAAUUCAGACACCGACUCUACCCCGUCGUUUGAGCAGCUGGCAAGCUUCAGCGGGCUUGACACUUGCCUCGACUUCGGACACUACCAGACCGCGAAGCAAGUACCCAUGGACCCGACAUUGGACUUCGACCUCAACAUGGCGAUGCUCCUCCAAUACGACCUGGCCAAUGUCGACUUCACAUUGGAUAUGGGGCAUGACUUCGGCGUGUCGAGCACGCUGGGUCGAACAGACUUCGUGAGCUGACCGUACUUGGGCAGGCGGCUGUGCGCGGUUUACAGUAGAUAAGACUGGGUCGGGUUUGGUCUAGUGUAGACAAUGAAAUGUAUUUUGCUGCUCUUGCUAUAUCUCUGCCACCGUACUGACAUUGUCCACGUUCUGUGUUCGACCCAACAGCAUUUCCCCUUCGUGACCGUAGCUUC